AUGGGUAAUAUAAUGUCAUCAAGUUUUGCGCCAGAAUGUACAGAAUUGAAAACUAAAUACGAUGAUUGUUUCAAUGAAUGGUACAGUGAGAAAUUCUUGAAAGGGAAAUCGGUUGAAAAUGAAUGUUCUAAAGAAUGGUAUGCUUAUUCCACUUGUAUAGAUGCUGCUCUAGUGAAACAAGGUAUUAAACCUGCACUGGAUGAGGCAAGGAAAGAAGCACCCUUUGAAAAUGGGGCGAGUUGCAAAGUACUAAAGAAGGUGAGAACAAAUAUUGAUAUCGAGUUGGGUGCGUUCAUAAUCAUAAAAUAG